AUGCUCGCCCCCAUUCAAAUUUAUAUUGUUGAAAUGAGCAAUGUUUCAUUAAAUGCAGACGACCCGAAUUUCGAUGAAACAGAGCAAGAUAUUAGCAUGUUCGCAUCUGUUCCUUCUGUAGCAGAAGUUCUUGCUAAUGGAAACGAUCUUGGAAAAAUUUAUGAACAAAUUGGAAAACAACUUGAAGCUGCAGAGACAUCAGCCAUCAAUGAUUAUCUUCAACAAUUAGAAGAUGCUGCAAAAAUUGCUGCAGAACUUGACCAAUCAGGCAAAGCAUUAGCUGCAAUUCAAGAAUUACUCGAAAAGUUCAAGAAAUCACUUGGAAAUUUAUCAACAGAAAUUUGUACUCUUCAAGAUAAAUCAGAAACAUUGACAACAAAGCUUGGAAAUCGUAAGAAUUUCGAAAAUAAAUAUGGAGAAUUUACUCAAUCAAUCACCCUUACUCGCAAUUUCAUUUCAACUAUAAUGCAGAAUGAUGUUAAUGCCAAUUAUGUCUCCGCCGUAGAAGAGCUUCAUAAAAAGAUUCAAUAUAUCAAAUCAAAAGACGGCUAUAGUACAAAAGCAGCACAAGAAAUCACUCUCCCACUUGAUAAACUUCGUGUUAUUGCUUCAAACAACAUAAGAAACUGGUUCGUUAAUAUAAUGAAUGAAAUGAAAGAAACAUACGGUACAGAGCAAGUUGCAAUACAGCACAAGAUGCUCAAAUGCAAACCAUUUAUCAUAUUCUUAAAGCAUCAUUCAUCAGAUUACGAGCAAUCCGCACGAGAUUAUUAUUCUCAAAUUAUGUCACGCAUUUACCUCGAAAACUUCAAGAUGCUUACAUACAGACUUAAGCGCCAGAUGUCACAGUCUUCAGUUACAAGAGAAAACAUCUCAGGUCUCACUACAUCCGGAUUUUUCUUCAUGCAGACUAAGAAAAUCAUCGGGGAAAUGACCAAUUUCUUCUGUUUAGGCGACAGAAUCAAGCUCCUGAACGAGAUACUGUCUCCGCCGCAGCCGUUCGGUGAUGGCGUCUAUCCGGUCGAGAGUUUCUUCAGGUCAUUGUACCAAACUUUGAUAGAUACAGUGACAAUGGAAUAUAAGUUCUCAUUGGAAUUUUUUGAGAACGAAACCGUUUCGGCGAUCAUCUUUUCUGAGACUUACAAAUAUCUUGAAACAUUUUUCGAUGAUUUGUUUAAUAAGAUUAAUGAUCCAAUAUGUAUAAUAUUAUUACUUCGUUUUGUCAUUUCUUUUUCAAAUGAGAUGCAAAGGAGAAAGAUUGACAAAGUCAACAACCAUUUACAGAACCUAACAAACAAGCUGACCAACAGAUUCCAGCGUAUCAUCUCAGAUAACGUCAACGCCAUCAAAUCUGUCGAUCCAAACAUGCUUGUCGAAAACAACGCAUCACCACACCUCGCAUUAGCGAUGACAAGGAGAUACAGUGAGUUCCUGAAGUCAAUGGUCCAGUUAUUGGACGAAUCCGUGCAGAAUUUAAUAAUGAAAGCGGUUGAUGACACAAAAACGGUCUUUGAUAAGCUCCUUGAUGAUACAUCAAAGAAGAUGUCAGCAGAAGACUUGAAACCAGCCUUUUUAAUCAACAAUUAUUUCUUAAUUAUCGAUACAAUUUCAACUGCAUCGAAUGAUAAUCCAAUUCUUAGUUUCUUCCAUAAAAGAUAUGAUGAAGUUCACCAAGUAUAUCUUGAUUUGGUUAUUAAGCAACAAUUCCCCGAAAUUUCUGGAGUUUUGUCAAGAUCUUACUCAACAUUUGACAAUGCGAAGGAAGAACCAAUCAUGAUUGAUAUUUCCAUCGAUGAACUGAAGGAAAUCGCUACACAGUUCACAAAAACUCAUUCUCAGAAAACAAAGAUGAUUUUCGAACACCAAAGAUUGAAUUUCGGAGAUUUUGAUAACGGAAAUGAUAUAACAAAAAGAAUAGCAAUGAGAAUUGUCUUCCUUUGGGGAAGAUUCAAGGCUUUGGUCGUGAAAAAGAAUCAGCUCGAGAAUGAUGCACCUAUUCCAUGGUUGGAGCAAAUGGUUACCCCUGCACAACUUGCUACUGAAUACAUGGAUAUCCUUAAUAACAAUUUUAAGAGAAAAUAA